AUGAGUAACCGUGAGGGAAAUGUUGACAGCGAAGACACCUCCAACAGUAAAUCAUUUCAAGCUAUUCCAAAUACAGAAAAUGGUCCGUCAAAGCGUGUGCGAGUAUGGUGUGAUGGAUGUUACGAUAUGGUGCAUUUCGGUCAUGCUAAUCAGUUGCGACAAGCUAAGCAAUUUGGUGACUAUUUAAUUGUUGGAGUGCACACUGAUGAGGAAAUUCAGCUUCACAAAGGUCCACCUGUAUUUAGUGAAGAAGAACGAUACCGCAUGGUUCGCGGUAUAAAAUGGGUUGAUGAGGUGGUUGAAGGUGCACCAUAUGUAACAACAGUUGAAACACUUGAUAAAUAUAAUUGUGAUUUUUGUGUCCACGGAGAUGAUAUUACACUGACGGCAGAUGGUAAUGAUACAUAUGCAGAUGUUAAAAAAUGUGGGCGUUAUCGUGAAUGUAUGCGAACACCUGGAAUUUCUACUACGGAUUUGGUUGGACGUAUGUUAUUGUUAACAAAAACUCACCAUUCAUUCGCAGAUAAUAUCACCGAACACGAAGAAAGAGCUCGAUUUCUUUCUACGGUUUGUUCUAUCGACCAAAAAGCUUUAUCACCAUGGACAAGAGUGUCUUGCUUUUUACCAUCAACACGGACUAUCAUGCAGUUUGCUGAAGGCCAUUCACCUGGAAAAAACGACGUAAUUGUAUAUGUUUGCGGUGCAUUUGAUCUAUUCCACAUUGGCCAUUUAUGUUUUCUGGAAGAAGCAAGAAAGUUGGGAGAUUAUCUUAUCGUCGGAAUUCACCAUGACAAGGUGGUGAAUGCUUAUAAACGCGGGAAUCAUCCAAUAAUGUCGCUACAUGAACGCGUACUCAGUGUACUAGCAUACAAACCAGUGUCAGAGGUGGUAAUUGGUGCCCCGUAUGCAGUCACUGAAGAAUUAAUCAGUCGAUUCAAUAUACAGAUGCCUGGUGAACCAGAUCCAUUUUCAGUACCAAGAGAAAAGGGUAUGUUACGGUUAAUUGAUUCUGGUAACAAUAUGUCUACCGAUCAGAUAAUAACAAGGAUCAUUGAUCAUAGGAUUGAUUAUGAAAUGCGAAAUGGUAAAAAGGAACGGCGUGAAGCAGAUAUUUAUGAAGAAAUCACUAAGCUGAAUGUCAGUACUCUUCAAACCAUUGGCCUCUAA